AACGGCCCAGUGCUUCCGAGUGUUUCCCGUAGUCAUCGCAGACUAGCCGAGCAGCGCUGCUCCGCUCCUGUCUACAUCUGUAUAAAUAGGCUGAUUUUGUGUUCGCUUUGGGGGUAAAAUGCCGCUCGAAAAUCUAGAAGAAGAGGGUCUGCCUAAGAACCCCGACCUGAGGAUAGCGCAGCUGAAGUUUCUGCUCACGAUGGACGGGCACCGACAGGACGCCAAAGUAAAAAGAAUGGAUGCAAUCAAAGCUAACAACAUGGCUCCAUAUUACGAGGGUCUGUGUAAAGAGCUGAAGUGGACGCUGGACACGGACCUGCUGAACAGAAUGAAGAAGGCAAACGAAGAGGAGCUCAAGCGCCUGGAUGAUGUCCUGGAGGAUGCAGAGAAGAACCUGGGAGAGAGUGAGAUACGAGACGCCAUGAUGGCCAAAGCAGAAUAUCUCAUUCGAAUUGGAGACAAGGAGGGCGCCUUAACUGCAUUUAGGAAGACCUAUGACAAGACUGUGGCUCUUGGACAUAGAUUGGACAUAGUAUUUUAUCUGCUGAGGAUUGGACUCUUCUACAUGGACAGUGACCUCAUCACACGCAACUCAGAGAAAGCCAAAAGCCUCAUUGAGGAGGGUGGUGACUGGGACCGGAGGAAUCGCCUGAAGGUCUACCAGGGCCUGUACUGUGUGGCCAUUAGGGAUUUUAAACAAGCAGCAGAGCUCUUCCUUGACACUGUGUCUACGUUCACUUCUUAUGAGCUCAUGGACUACAAGACCUUUGUCACAUACACAGUCUACGUUUGCAUGAUCGCACUCAAAAGGCCAGACCUGAGGGAAAAGGUAAUAAAGGGAGCAGAAAUCCUGGAGGUGCUGCACAGCCUACCUGCUGUUCGCCAGUACCUUUUCUCCCUGUACGAGUGCCGCUACUCCGUCUUUUUUCAGUCACUAGCCACAGUGGAACAGGAGAUGAAGAAAGACUGGCUGUUUGCCCCACACUACCGCUACUAUGUGAGAGAGAUGAGGAUCCAGGCGUACGGCCAGCUGCUGGAGUCCUACCGCUCCCUCACUUUGGGCUACAUGGCUGAGGCCUUCGGGGUCAGCACGGAGUUUAUUGACCAGGAACUGUCUCGCUUCAUUGCUGCUGGACGUCUUCACUGUAAAAUUGAUAAGGUUAAUGAGAUUGUGGAGACCAAUAGACCGGACAGUAAAAACUGGCAGUACCAGGAAACCAUAAAGAAGGGCGACUUGUUGCUGAACAGAGUCCAGAAGUUGUCCCGAGUUAUAAACAUGUAGCCCCUUAAGACCUUUCAUUUUCACCUUACAUUAUUUGGAAAACCAAACUUGUAUUUUGUCUGACAAUAUUGUGUGUAUAUAUAAUAAAAUUUGUUAAACAGAA